AUGUCAUUUGAACAAGAUGCUAUUAAUGCUAUUCCUUCAAAUAUUGAUAUCAAUAAUAUAUCAGAUCGAUUAAAUGAUCCAACACAAAUCUUUAAUAUGUUAGACAAGAAUAAUGAUGGACAAAUAACAAAAGAAGAUUUAAAAUUAUUAUUAGAACAAUUUGGUAUUAAUGGUAUGGCUGCAAAUAUUCUAUCGAAAUAUAUUUUUCAACAAUUAGAUAGUAAUAAUAAUGGUAUAAUUGAAACAAAUGAUCUCGCAAAUGCUGGUAAUAUUCUUUGGAGUCUAUUGCAAAAGAAACAGAACAGUGGUGGCUAUUAA